AUGGGUCACAUAGCCGGCUGCUACCUGGCGGCAGACAUAUUUGCGCGGUAUCACCGCAUGAAGGGUAACGACGUGCUGAUGGUCUCGGGGUCUGACGCCCACGGUACGCCGAUCACGAUCCGGGCCGAUCAGGAAGGCGUGGAGCCGCUGGAAGUCCUGGAACGCUACCAUGCCCAGUUUCUGGACACCUGGGAACGGUUGGGUAUCACCUUCGAUUUGUUCACCACCACCCACACGGAAAAUCACCAGCGAGUGGUGCAGGAUUUCUUCGCUCGUUUGAUGGAACUGGGCUAUAUCUACCCGGACACGACGUUGCUGGCGUUUUGCGCCGCAUGCGUCAGAUUUCUGCCCGACCGGUACGUUGAGGGGGUGUGUCCUCACUGCAGGAACGAACGGGCGCGUGGCGACCAAUGCGACGCCUGCGGACAUACGCUGGACCCGAUAGACCUGGUGGAGCCGAGGUGCAGCAUCUGCGGUGGAACGCCAGAGUUCAGAGACUCGGAGCACUUCUUUCUGCGUUUGUCCGCGUUCCAGCAGCAGCUGCUGGACUGGAUCGAAGGGCGCGAACACUGGCGACCCAACGUGGCGAAUUCAACGCGCGGGUUUUUACAGGGCGGGCUGAAAGACCGCGCCAUAACGCGCGACCUCUCCUGGGGCGUGCCGGUUCCACUGGACGGGUACGCCGACAAGCGUAUCUACGUCUGGUUUGAGGCGGUAAUCGGCUACCUGUCAGCUGCGGUGGAAUGGUCGCAACUCAACGGCAAUGGGGAUGAAUGGGAAUCGUUCUGGAAAGACCCCGAUACCCGGACCUACUAUUUCAUCGGCAAGGACAACAUCCCAUUCCACAGCAUCAUCUGGCCCGCGAUGCUGAUGGGAUACGGCGGGUUGAACCUGCCUUACGAUGUGCCGGCCAACGAGUUUUUGAGUCUGGAAAACCGCAAGUUCUCCACCAGCCAGAACUGGGCAGUUUGGGUUCCCGAUUAUCUUGAUCGCUACGACCCCGACCCGCUGCGCUACCUGUUGUCCAUCAACAUGCCGGAAUCGGGAGACACGGAUUUCACCUGGGCAGAAUUCGUACGCCGCAACAAUGACGAGCUGGUUGCGACCUACGGGAACCUGGUGAACCGAGUGUUGAGGUUUACCUAUCGCAAUUUCGAUGGCCAGGUUCCGGUGGAUGCAGCGCCGGCCGCUGGCUCGGCGAAACGGGCGAUGGAGGCAGUGGACGACAGCUUGGCUCACACUCGAUUCCGCGCCGGAGUAUCGAACGCGUUCUCGCUGGCACAGGAAGCUAACCGUUAUCUGGACACUCGCGCCCCCUGGCUGGCGGUGAAAACGGACCGUGCUGACGCGGCCUGCUCUUUGACGGCGGCCAUCAAAGCCAUCAACUGCCUCAAGGUCAUGUUAUCCCCGUAUCUGCCGUUCAGCAGUCAAAAGCUCCAUGAAUACCUGGGAUUUGAUGGCCUCGUUUCGUCGGAACCGUGGGAUGCCGAUGUGGUUCAGGCUGGGAUUCAACCCGGGCACAUAUUGCGCAAUCCGGCGGCUUUGUAUACCAAGCUGGACGUCGAGGUCGCUGAGCAAGAAGCUGGCCUGCUGGGCGUGAGCGCCUAA